CGGAGACCCCGGCCCUUCCGGCCGGCACACAGCAAGGCUCCAGAGAGGGGCCGGCCCGCCCGCUCCGCCAGCGCCCCUCCGAGGUCUUCAGCCUCGCAGGGGACGGUGACCUCCCACUUGGUGCAAGUGCAGCCCCUGGGGUGAUGGAGGAAGAAAGAGGCCUGUCGGGACCGCGGACAGACCAAAAAGUUGCGAGAUGACGCCACCUACUGGCCACGGUGAGGACUGCGGCAGGGCGGGGAGGGACCCUGAAACUGUUACUGAAGAUCUCCGGCUUCAGACCGCGUCUGCAAAGCAGGACCCUGCAGUCGGAGACAGAGACCUGAGCAGAGGACCCCACAUGACAGAUAUCCAGGGUUUUCUCCCACCUCUCACCCCGUGCUGGAAAACUCAGCUUCCCACUGGCUGGAGAUCCGCGGCAGGACCUGGUCGCUCCACUCACCCGGGCGCUGCCGCAGGACUGGGUGUCGGGUCCCCUCCCCCUGCCCCCGAGAGGCCAGAUCCCAAAGCGGGAGAGCUGCGGGCGGGGCACUGCUGGCUGUGGCGCGGUGUGACAGCUCGCAGGGAGUUUUCUUCCGGUCUGGAAAACGCCUUCCACAGAAUGACUGAGAGGCAAAGUGAAGUCUCGGGUGAGCAGGCUCUGGGACCCGAGGGGUGCGGAGCAGGAGCGGACCAGGGUGCCGCCUCCUCAGGAACUAGGCGCUCCGACGGGGGCCAUCCAAAGGCACAGCCUGGCCCCCUUCCUGGCCACCCUUCCAGGACCUGGGCCCAGCCAAAAAAUGAGGCCUGCCCGCACCCCACAUCCCCCACGCGGGGGUGGAGAACCCUGCCGUGCCCAGCUCCACACACGCCAGUGCUGGGGCCUUGUUGGGCCUCCUUCAAACCCCUGCCGGGCACAGAUGGGACGGAAGGGCUGGGCCCUGGGAAGGACACGGCUCUGCCCUCGGGGAUCGCCCCGUCUGGGCUGGCCUCCAGUCGGGCCACAGGGCCCGCACGCCUAACCCCACACUCUGCUGCCUUCCAAAGCAGCUGUCAGGGUGGUGACAUUGUUAUGGGAUGGUCCAGUCCCCUCCUGGCUGUCCACUGUGUCCACACUAGGUAGGGGGCACAGAUCGCCAUAGUGGAUCAGCCCCCCGGGGCCCCACAGCAGCAGACACCCAUCAGCGAAGCCAUGCAGGCACAGGGAGGCCAGGUCCUUCCCCCGAGGGAGGAGCAGGCGGGCAGGCGGGGAGAGCGCUCUGCAGUCAGGCUGUGCAGGCCCGCUGCCUUGUGACCCGCCAGCUCAUGACCGCUUCCUCUGCCUCAGCCUGUUUUACCGCCUGCACAGUGGGGAAGAUUCGGGGAGCUGGGACACCCGCCAGCUCCGGCGGCGUCACAGUCUAAGCUUUGGAUUUCUUCUGUUUGGUUCCGGAUGUCCCCCAUGGCAUCCCUUCUCACUGCGGCCUGUGCAGGACACCAGCAGAGCGAAGGGGUCGCCACCCGGAGAGGUGACUGGGCUCCCCUGAGAGCGCUGCCAGCAACUGAUGCAGCAGGACCGUGUGUGCCGCGGGUGUCCUGCCUCCGCACCACGCACCACCCUGCCUCUGCAGCCGGAACUGUCACCGGGGAACCGCGCUGGGGCCCCAGCAGGGAACGUGCGUCCGGGGACCCAGGGCACCUUCGGGAGAAGGGACACGCAGCCCGGGGUGGGAGAGCUGCUUGCCAGCCUCGCCAACAUCUGCCAUGAGGAGCGGGAGACUGGCUGCUUCCGGUGGCCCUUGGCUGGCAGGUGCGGAGACCCCUUCCUCUCCCCGCACUCUGGAGGCCCUGCCUCCUGCUCCGCCAGUUCUGGGAAUGGGGUGCCACCCAGCCCUGAAAGGACCCCCAAGCAGACACUGCCAAGGGGCCGCUGAGCCCAGAGGUCCUCCAAAGGCCUUGGGGCUCACCGAGCCCCUGCAGAGGGGUCUUCAGACUCAGUGAACCCUGGGAGAGGGCGGGGGCUCGAGAGGUCCCUGUCGCCCAUGCACACAGUGCCCCCUCUCCCCUGCUCACCUACCCCUUGGGCACAGCCCCACGCCUCUCUGUGCCCUGUCACUGCUGACCAGAGCCGCCACCCCAGCCUUUAUGCCUCAUCUUUCCGCUCCUGCCCCACUCACCCCUCCCUCCCUUCUCUCCCUCCCUGUCCUAGGGGACACCCAAGCUUGGUGGUAUUCAGACACCCUAAUACCACUGGGAAAGUAGGCAGGGGCCCAGGAAAGGAGACAGAUUGCUACAGAAGAGCAGAGAGAGCACCUUCUACCUGUAUUCGCUCAUCUGCAAAAUCCCUAGCUCACAGGACUGUCGUGGGAAGCCAGACGGUAGGUGCUAAGUACUUGCUUUUGAGCACACGCCUGUAAUCCCAACACUGAGGAGGCUGAGACAGGAGAAUCUCCAAUUCAAGGCUGGCCUGAGCUAUAGAGUUCAAGGUCAGUCUGGACUACAAAAAAAAAAAGUCUUCACUUUCAAUUAUGCUUUAUUUAAUAAGUACACAUAGAAAAACAGGAAUGAUACCACUACAUAUCCACUAGAUAGGUAAAAUUUUAAAUCCUAACUAUACCAGGAUGUGGAGGAAGGGGGCUCUCAUAUAACACUAGUAGGAAAACAAAUUUGUACAACCACUUGGAAGCAACCAAAAAUUCCACCUCUAGAUACAUACCCAGUAAGAUACAGCCCAAAAUACAUGCUCAAGAACAUUCCUGAAAGCACUCUUCAGAAAAACCCGCAAUAGAAUCUAUAGUAGAAUAGUAAAUUUAAGUAAGCUACUUACAUCCAACAAUAUAAAUCAUAUAUUGAUCAAAUGACUACUACUGAACAACUCUAUGUGAAAUUCAAAAACAGGCAAAAGUAGUCUAACAAUUUAAAAACCAGGAUGAAAAAUCAGGCUAGAGAGGCCGGUGCAGGCGCACACCUAUAAUCGCAGCUACUAGACCGCUGAGGCAGGAGGAUCAGAAGUUUAAAGCCACCCUGGGCAACUCAGUGAGACAUUGUCUCAAAUUAAAAAAAUAAAAAACAGGGCUGACAAUGUAGCUCGAAGUCCCUAAAUUCAGUCCUCGGUACUGAAGAGAUAAAGUCACCCCUGGGGAGAAGGAUGAUACCGUCCUGCGGAGUACUGCAGCACCUGUUUACCACUUCGGAGGCGUUCGCCUUGCCAGUAUUCCUGGCGCUAAGCAUUUCUCAUUUCUACACGUUUGUGAGUGUUUGUUAUACUUCAGUCUUUUUAAGAAAAAAAAAUCUGCGU